AUGCCUUCUGCUGAUCAGCGCCCAGUAUCCAACAGCAACAAGAGGAUUCUGAUCAUUGAAGAUGGGAGAUUGCUCGGCAGUGAUUCGGGCUUGCACAAGUUCUUCAGGUGCAGUCACAACAUCGGGAAAGAGCGAGUGUUGUACCUACACAUCGACAGCAAAGUGCUGGAAGUGAAGAGAGCGAAGAGAAACAAGUAUUCUUGCUGGUUCGUCGGAGACUCGUGCAUCGCUGAAGGGGACUUCUUCCUUGCUACCAGGGUCGAUCCUCUUUUCUUGGCGCUCCCUUUCCUGGAAAAGGCCAGGAAUAAGACGGCUGAGCACGCUGGCCGUUUCUGCAGCAAAGAACAGAUUUUCAUUGACAACCCAGACGAUGAAAGCGCGUCGAUCUUGAAUUCUGUCACGAAACAAGACGAUCUUUCUGUUUUGUGCGAUGUACAGCUCGUUGGCGAUGACCAGUACUUUCGGCUCAGCGAUGACAAAGUUCUGGGUUGGAUGCGAUCGAAAGUUUUCGCUGUUGUCGAGUAUGUUGUAGCAGACCCUUCGAAGGAAGAGUCUAUGUCAGAAAAGAUCAAGUUGAUGGAACAGGCCGAUGGAAUCCGGUCUGAGCGCGAGCGCAUGAUAUUUGGAAUUCUGUUAGUGGGAGAUUACCUCGCCGAGCAGUGGGUGCAGAGCCUGAAGGCCUCGUUUGGGGUAACAGCAGAACAUCUCACAAAAACUAAGGAAAUUUCCUCUCCAGGCGAUGAGAGGUAUCGCACUCACAACUCGGGGCCCUCCAAGAGGGAGGCAGAACAAGCUCCCGGAUCGCAGCAGAAGAAAUCAAAGACAAGUUCCAAGGCGGAUAAAAUACCCACAAAGGGCAUGCAGGCAAUGACUGCAUUUUUCAAGCCAACGGCCAAGGCAUAG